AUGAAACAACAACGUUUAUUCCUGUUUCUGAUUGGUGCUAUCGCUUUUAUUUUACUUAUUGUUUAUCUACAAUUUAUCAACAACAAAACAACACCAUCCACUUCUCACAUUUCUUCUAACUCUCCUCCGACAACAACACACGAGAGAAAGAAAGUAGACGAAACUAGAAAUACACAACAGGUUGUUGCAGCAGAAGAGAAAGAAACUUCAUCAUUGCCAGGAUCACACGUAAAGGAAAUUAAAGUUCCAAAAAUCAGAGACGAUUCUUACUAUGCAAGUGGUUUGAAAUAUUUCGAUGCAUUCGAAAAAACACAAAAUGUUGAAGCUAAAUUAGCCGACAUGGACACAUCCAACAUGAAAGAUUUAAUCUUUACUACCCAAUUCAAUCAAAGAAUGAACAAGGGACAAUUUAUUGAUAGAAGAUUCGACAAGACACUUUAUACAUUUUCUAAUGGAAAGGUCAAGGUAAAUCAUCCGAAUCUGAAGGUGCAUGUAAAAUUCUCACCUGAUGAAUACAAAGAUGAUCAUCUUCACUAUCCAAUCUCAACAGAUGCCACCAUUGAUAGGUAUUGUAUCAGAGAUAGUUUCUGUCAAGGUGUCGGUCAAACAAUGUGUCAAUUGUGUGAUUCUAAAAAACCAAAACUUGAAAGCAAAUACUUUUAUACUUCAUGGUGUUACAAACCAAAUAUUGAUUUUACAUUGGUUUCAGUGGAUAAUGGUAUUUUAGAUUAUGGAGCUCAUCAUGAAAUUGUGAGAUUUAAUGUUUUUGAUGCAAAUGCAAAUGUGUUUUCAAUGCCUGGUGGAAGUCCAAUUGAAAUUCAUAGUGGAGGAUGGAGUGUUGAAUAUCAUGCUCAAUUGGGAACAAUUGGUAAUGUGUGGUAUCCUGAUGCUCUUGGACAUUUUCCAAAUGAAAUUCUUUUGAGAAUUGUCUUUUUACACAUUCAUCUCCCUCUCGACAUUCCAAUCAUUUAUCAUGAUGGUCCAUUUGCAAACUCAAUUAUGGAUUCUCUAAUUGAGAAGGGUUUCUUCCCAAAGGAGAGAAAAUUCAUCAAAGCAAAGGGUUCAGUUUUUCAUGUGGCCAAACGUCUCUAUUUCUUCCAUUCUAAAGAUUAUCAACACGUUCCAAUUACUCCAGAUGUUGUGGUGAGAAAGAGUACCGACUAUCUGAAACAAUUCUUCUAUGCCAAUGAUAAUUUGAUUCAAAAUAAUGUCCGAUUCGACAGGGAAUAUAUUCUAAUUGUCGAUAGAUUGGACGCUAGCUCUAGAGGUAUCCUAAAUCAUGAUGAAGUAGUAUCAAAAGUCAAAGAAUCAGUCAAAGGAAAGAAUAUUGACGUUAUUUCUGCAAGAUUAUCCAAACGUCAAUUCUUGGAAAUUGGUAAAAUCUUUUUUGAUGCCAAGGCAAUCAUUGCUCCACAUGGUGCUGGUCUAGCCAACUUGGUAUUUGUGAAAUCUGAUAUUAAAUUCAUGUUAGAGGUUGGUUGGGUUGGUUCAGAUGCUGGAGGUUACUUUGCUCACUUUUUCUGUGUGGCUAGAGCUAUGGGAAUUAAGUAUUAUGCUGUGGCUGCAACUUCUGGAACUUAUGGAUCACAUUUUAGAGUGGAUGCUGACGAAAUUGGUGGAAUUGUAAGAAAGGAAUUUGAAAAUUAUUAGAUUCGAAUAAGAUUUUAAUUUUGGGGUGUUGAUUUUUCAUUGGAUUUCAAGGUAUUGUAAUCGACAGAGACUUUCUAAUCUCAUCAAAUUAGAAACGCAGUAACGAAAUCUGGGUAAAACCACACAUUUGUUAACUCACUCGAGUUCACAACCAUUAAAAAAAAUGUCACCACUCAA